UCCUUGGGAUGGUUCAAAAACCCGGGAACUCCUCGACGCGCCACUUUGCUUUGGAGCGGGAAUCGUGACACUUCUCAGUUCUUCGGAGCUCUAUUGUGAACUUAUUCCAAAAUGCGUGAAUGUAUCAGUGUUCAUGUUGGCCAGGCUGGAGUGCAAAUUGGCAAUGCUUGUUGGGAAUUGUAUUGUCUUGAACAUGGUAUCCAGCCUGAUGGUCAAAUGCCUAGUGAUAAGACCAUUGGUGGGGGUGAUGAUUCUUUUAACCUUCUUCAGUGAAACUGGAGCUGGAAAACAUGUUCCCCGAGCAGUCUAUGUAGAUCUUGAACCAACUGUUGUCGAUGAAGUUCGCACUGGUACAUACAGACAACUGUUUCACCCCGAGCAACUGAUAACUGGGAAGGAGGAUGCCGCCAAUAACUAUGCUAGAGGUCAUUAUACCAUUGGAAAAGAGAUUGUGGACCUCGUCUUGGAUCGGAUUCGUAAGCUCGCAGAUCAAUGCACCGGUCUUCAAGGUUUUCUAAUUUUCCAUAGUUUUGGAGGAGGAACCGGAUCAGGAUUCACUUCUUUGCUGAUGGAAAGAUUAUCUGUAGAUUAUGGCAAAAAGUCGAAGCUUGAAUUUGCCAUUUAUCCUGCACCUCAGGUUUCCACUGCGGUUGUAGAACCUUACAACUCUAUUCUUACAACACAUACUACUUUAGAACAUUCAGAUUGUGCUUUCAUGGUUGACAAUGAAGCUAUUUAUGAUAUUUGCAGAAGGAAUUUGGAUAUUGAACGACCGACAUACACUAAUUUGAACAGAUUGAUCGGUCAGAUUGUCUCAUCCAUCACUGCAUCCUUACGAUUUGAUGGUGCUUUGAAUGUAGAUCUAACAGAAUUUCAGACCAAUCUCGUGCCUUAUCCACGAAUUCAUUUCCCAUUGGUAACCUAUGCUCCAGUUAUUUCUGCUGAGAAAGCAUAUCAUGAACAAUUGACGGUUUCCGAAAUUACUAAUGCUUGUUUUGAGCCUGCAAACCAGAUGGUGAAAUGUGAUCCAAGACAUGGAAAAUAUAUGGCUUGCUGUCUGCUGUACAGAGGGGAUGUAGUGCCGAAAGAUGUCAAUGCAGCAAUUGCUGCAAUCAAGACCAAACGCACCAUUCAAUUUGUUGACUGGUGUCCAACUGGAUUCAAAGUUGGUAUCAACUAUCAGCCUCCUACUGUUGUUCCUGGUGGUGAUCUUGCCAAAGUGCAAAGAGCUGUUUGCAUGCUGUCCAACACUACAGCUAUUGCUGAAGCUUGGGCGCGUCUAGAUCAUAAAUUUGAUCUCAUGUAUGCCAAGAGAGCUUUUGUUCACUGGUAUGUAGGUGAAGGUAUGGAGGAAGGAGAAUUUUCUGAAGCAAGAGAAGAUUUAGCUGCUCUGGAGAAGGAUUAUGAAGAAGUUGGCAUUGAUUCCACUGAAGGUGCUGAAGAUGAGGGAGAUGAAGAAUUUUAAAAUGUGCACUGAAUGAGAAUUAAUAUUUUCAAGUUUCCAAUAUUCAUUCUUGUGUUGCAUUUUUUAAUUUACUUCAAAAUAAAUGUUUUUAUUUCUUGAA